AUGGCUAUUGGCUGCAUGGAGCAAACUCGAAAACGACGGCGGACGGGAUGUUUUCAUACCCUCGGCUUUGACUGGAGACAAGCGCUCGCGACUGCCUUUAUGCCACCAGAACCACGAGGCUUUUCCGCAGCCGCGUGCCAACGCGCAACACGUUGGCAGACGGUACAGCCUCGAGCUCGUCGACGGACGCUUUCAGAGCGUCGGCUACAAAUGCUAUACGUCAGCCGUCGAGAGUUUCUGUGGCAACUCGCAGCGGGCGCGGCAACGCUGGGCUUUCACAGUGUGAAAAAACCUGUGGCGCCAGCGGCUUCAAACUCGGCACCACCGGCGCCCGUGAAUGGGCGCUUGGCACCACUGGGUGCUAUCUUCGACACGAUGAUCGGCUCUUUUCUACCACCGCGACCUGAGCGACUCUUAUCGAGGCGAAUUCGGCAUAAAGGAGCACGCUCUGUUCUCUUGGUCGGGGAGACACACACGGACCGACAACACCAUCGGGUGCAACUGGCGUUGCUGGACUCGUUUGUGAAGCAUGUUCGAGGUCAGCGGAAUGAGUCGAUUGCAGGAGCUCCAAUUGCGAUCGGCAUGGAGCAUUUCUAUCGGCAGCAUCAAGUGCAUCUGGAUCGGUACAUUGCGGGCAAGAUUGAGCUACGACAGUUACUCGCUAUUACUCGUUUCGAACUUACCUUUGGGUAUAGCGCGCAACUUUGGCAGGAUAUUUUGGAGUAUGCACGGGAAAACCGUAUUCAGGUUGUUGGUCUCAAUACUCCGUUCGAAUUGGUGCAGCUGGUUGCCCACUACGGCCUGGAUCACUUACCAGAACGUUUGUAUGAAGUGCUUCCUCGCGAUAUGGAUGUGCAUGGUAAUGCUGCACACCGUGAGCGUUUUAUUCAGAGGAUGAAAGCGUUGGGGGUGGAAGCGCAUGGUCCACUCAUUAACGACGAGGCAGCACUGCAGCGAAUGUAUGAAUCGCAGGUGCUCUGGGACGAAUACAUGAGCGAAUCGGCGGCCUUGUGGCUAGAGCGGAACCCCCGCGGUCACUUGUGUAUUUUUGCGGGUAAUGGUCACGUCGAAGGCCGUGUUGGGAUUCCAGACCGCCUGACUCGUCGUUCUGGGAGGCCGACCUUCACCGUCGUGCCGUAUACGGUGCCGUUCCAAUCAGACGGCUGGCCCGAUAUACCGCAUCCCGGCAACAGAGAUGUCGGAGAUUGGCUCUGGUACCUGCCUGUAGGAUCUGGGGGUGCCGAAUCUGACGAAUCGGACCCCAAGUCGCAGCGACAGCAACGGUUCGGGGAGCGUUUCGGCUAUCGAAUCGCACGCAGUACCGAGUCCGACAUGAGACUGAUGGGGCGAGGCGCAGCCAGAACCAUUCAGAGAGGUACGCAGACGAAAUCUGUGGACGAGCCGGACUGGGUAUGA